AUGGCGUCGUCGGGAAGAGAGCUCAAGGUCAGGUUCCAAGAGCCCAGCAUUGUCAUCCAGCGCAAAGAGAACGACGCACGCAACCAGGCUCAAGAGGCGAACGCUCACUUGCAAGCUCUCCGCCUGACUAGCAACAGGCUCGCCUUGUCUUUGAGCAGCUCCCUGAAUGGAGUCCAUCAAACCCUCAAGGAGAUUAAAGCCGAUGUCAAAGUGGGAAGUCGCGAGCUCAUCCACCGGAACAAGACUACGACGUUCAAGUGCUUCGCCCGCCUCCCCUUUGAGAUCAGGGAACUGAUCUGGGAGUUUGCCAUGCCCAACCGGCUCAUCACCUUUGCCCACCCACCCAGCAAGUGGACUCUGAACAGACGUCUCUCCUUGCUCCCACACCCGCAGACCAUCCCUUUCGGACACAACGGCAUCAAGCAAGCGCAGGCGUCGUUCGCGCUCCUGCGCGUCUGCUACGAAGCCCGGCUCGUGGCCCUCCGCCACCUCCACCGCACCAACACGGUCCGCCACCCGCUGCAGCCCGAGGACCCGACUCCGCGGCCGACGCAGUUCCGCCGCGCCGCGCCCGGCACCGACUUCCGGCGACCGAGCCACCACGACCCGUUCAACCUCGAUGCCGACGCCGUCCUCAUGCCGAUCCGCGACACGGCGCGCGGCCGCAGCUUCCGCGACCCGCGCGUCCGCCACCUCCUCAACACGCGCCACCUCGUCGUCGCCAUCACCGAGAAGCCGCGCAAGCUGCAGUGGGAGGAGGCCGGCCGCGGCACCUGGCGCCGCCGCCUCGCGCCCUGCCUGCCCGACGCGCCCUGCCCGCACCCGGCCACCUGGGGCGCGCCCGUCUCGUUCGAGGACACGCGCGUGCCCGAGGACGACCACCUGCUCGGCCACUUUGCCGACCUCGAGACCGUCACCUACGUCUUCCGCCCGUACCGCCUGCGCCGCGCGCGCCGCCGCCAGCCGGCCCCCGUCGUGGGACCGCGCGCCUACGUCGUCUACGCGCGCGACCCGACCGCCGGCUACGCGGACCAGCUGCGCGAGCUCUACGGCAGCGAGGGCCCCGUGCGGACGGCGCGCGUGUGGAACGGCGUGCUGCCGGACUGCUUGGAGGGGGACAGGGUGCAUCCCACGGCGCUCGUGCGCAUCGGCCGCGUCGUCGACCCGGACGAGUGGAAGGAGACCCUGAGCGAGGCCGCUUGGACGGCGGCGAGGCUUGUCUGGCUCGUCCUGGUCAGGAUGCCCGUGUUUGUGCUGCUGAGCCCCUUCGUCUCGGGGUCCGCCGCCUGGGACGUGUGCUUCGUUUCCGGCUGGCUUGGAGAAUUGAUUUGA